AUGGCCAUCGUUAAGAGCCUUCCGGGCUUCGAGGUCGCCAUCGUCGUCGAUGGCAAGCCGCUUGCUGAGCACAUGGACAAGGACGCGCCCGAUGAGGAACGCAAGGCUAUUCGCUACAUUGAGGCGGUCUCUGACAAGGUUUUUGAGGUCCACAUAGCGGCGAAGAAGGGCAUUGAGAUCAAGGGCGAUGCUGUUACCGCUGAAAUCUACAUGGACGGCCAGUAUGCGGAUGGGCCUAUGAUUGAGAAAGGCGCAAACUGCUUCUCCGACGAUAUAGCAAUCAGUCGGGGGUGGGAUAUCUCAGCCACUGAGGUUCGGAAGUACUGCUUCGCAGCAAUCGACACUGGUCAGUUACUUUAGUUACUUUGAUUGAAUGAAGGAGUAGACUUACUUUUCGCAGCCGAUGACAAGCGUGCAUUCCAUGGGGAGGCCGAAAAACUCAAAGACCUCGGCAGUAUCAGAGUAGAGCUCGAAUAUGUCGAAAUAAUAUCUGAAACCUCCACAUGGGAGGAGGAUCCAAAAGAGAUCGGAAUAAUUUCAGAGAAGGCUCUGGCGGUGCAAGGCAGAUCGAUAUCACAUGCUGUUGGGUACGUUGGUGAGAUUAUGAUCUGUUGAUAUUAGAUUACUGACAGCUUGCCUCAGGAUGCAGCCAGCCGUGAAGGUGCAACCAUUUGUUCGCUGGGACACUCGAACCAUCGAUCCCUCGGGUAAAGAUAACGGUGUAAUCACCUUCCGCUACGCAUCGAAAGGUAAGCUUGGCAUCCACAAAUGUAGCAAUCAGCCAACUGACUGUCACAGCUUCCCUGCAAUACUCCGGCAUCAUUCCACGCACUCCAAGCCCACCGCCACUCGAGGAUAAGGAGGAACUCACUCCCGAGGAAGUAAAGCAGCUUCAAGCAGAGCUGAAAGCUCGGAAGGUACGCAUUCAUUACAGGAUAUCUUGUUGGAAGCUGACGCUAAUAGAUGUACAGCGCAAGGAGAGCAGACUCGCCGAGAUUAAGAAGGAACACAUCGCGAAGAGACGCAAGGUCGCGGAGCCAAAAGCGGGCGACACCCAGUACGUCCUGGACGACAACGGUAGCGUCAGUGAGCAGUCCACCGAUCAUCUGGGAAGCAAGAAGCGGGCUCCGGUUGAGAUCUCGAGCGGCGAGGAGAGUGAUGAUGAAGUGUGA